UCUUAUGCCUAUGACUGCCAUGAUGAAAUUGGAUGGGACAAAUUAUCAGAAAUGGAAGAAAACCUUAGUUAUGAAUUUGACCUUCAUGAAAUUGGAUUUGGCUUUGGAGAUAGAUCCACCAGAGAUUCCGACUGAUGAGAGUACUGUAGCAGCUAAGAAACUUUAUGAGGAUUGGAAACACUCUAAUAAAUGCUGUAUGAUGAUGAUGGAGAAUUACAUGGAUGAGGCCAUAUAUGCUAGUAUUCCUAAAGUGGAUACUGCAAAGGGACUUCUUGAGGAGAUAGGAAAGAAGUUUAUCAAGUUUGAUAUGAAUGAGAAGCAUCAUUAUUUGGACCUAUUGAACAAUACCAAGUAUGAUGGUAUUAAAGGAGUAAGGGACCAUAUUAUGCUACUUUCUUCCUAUUAUAAUAAGCUGAAGGAUCUUAAGAUGGACAUUGGAGAGGAGUUCUUGACCUAUUCUAUAAUGAGGAAUCUUCCAUCACAGUUUGAUAAUAUAAGGUCGAGUUUGAAUACUAAGAAAGAAGGUUGUAGUUUAGAGGAAUUGACUACUAUCCUUGUCAAGGAAGAGGAUGAUAUUAAAUUAAGUAAGUCUAGGUCUGUUGCUAUGGUUUCACAUCAGGUAGAUAAGUCCAAGAAAUUUUUCCAAAAGAAGGGACAAGGAUUCAAGCCAGGACAAGGUUUCAAGCCUGGGCAGGGUUUUAACCCCAAUAGGAAGAAGUUUUCUGGUAUGAAGCCUAAAGGGUCGAGGGAUGGUGGUUUUCAGAUUAGAAAAAGGAAAGAGUACUUCAAUGGAAGGUGUGGAUACUGCAAUAAAGUUGAGCACAAGAAGAUAGACUGUUGGACCUUAAAGGGAAAGCAAGAGAAGAAAGGGGAUGAUAAGCCGAAGGGGCCCAACCAAUAUUGAGCAGCAUGUUUAUAUGGGAGAUAGCUCAAGAGUGAAGGUGGACAUUGUGGGAACAAUCAAGUUGAAGCUUGCCACUGGAUAUGUUUUGGAGUUGCAAGAAGUUUCUUAUGUACCUUCAAUAAGAAGAAACUUGUUAUCUAUUUCUGUUUUGGAUAGUCAAGGUUAUAGUUUUUUGUUUGGAAAUAACAAAGUUGAAUUAUUUAAGGAUGGUAAAGUUGUUGGUUUUGGAACUUUAUGUGGCAAUUUAUAUAAGCUUGAUUUAUUUAAUAAUGGUCUCAAUUUCUUUGUUAAUUCUA